CAGUGAAGCGCAAACAAUGGACGAACCCUUCCCUGGCACGAUUGUUCCGUUCGCCGUAACCUUGUGAAAUUGUGUGCCUUUUUCUGUUUGGUUUUCAAUUGUUUGUUAAAUUGCGCGGACCGCGCGCCAGUGCACCAAAGCGAGGCGGACAACGGAAAACGGGAAAACGUUUUUCAUUCGGGCUGACCUACCGGACGGACGGUGUGAUUCCGAGCGAGCGCGAAAAGGGCCACUCGAGGGCCGCGUUUAUUGCAAUUCUUAUCUCGCUGGCGCGAGUUAAGAUUAUUAAGUGUUUACUGUCUCUGUCUCGGCUGUCAACCCAGUUCGCGCGUAGAGCACGUGAAAAUUGGACCGCGCAUUCGUGCCACUAGGUAUUGCUUGCCCCCGUUACCCACCCGUGCGGCCGGUCCCGGCUCUAGAUGAGUAGAUCGCUCCUCUUUGUCAUCCCGCAGCGUUUGCUAUCAAUUGGCCGAUGUAACCAGGUUGCAGUGAUAACGCGCCAUUCGAGCAAGAUGAGCGAAAGGCAGGAAAGCAGUGGCAGCACCAUCGUGAAGGGUGCCGAUAGUUGGUUUAACAAGUACGCGGCCGUGGAAAGCUCUCCCGAAGACACAUUUAAGGGUGUAAUCGAUCGGUUCAAUGGAAUCACGGUGGACUCGAACAUGGAAACGUGCAAUGCGGACAGUUUCCAAGCCAUUCUGAAGCGGUCACUCGAGCACUGGAAUGAGCGCAAAACACGUGGCGUGUGGUUCAAAGUUCAUUUGAAUGCGGCCAGCUGGAUACCGGAACUAGUCAAUAACGGAUUUCAAUUCCACCAUGCCAAAAAUACGUUCGUCAUGCUGUACCGCUGGUUGCCGGUACACGAAACGGCCAACAUUCCACCGUACGCGCACACGAUGGUAGGUGUCGGGGCGCUGGUAAUAAACGACCGCAAAAAGCAGGUGCUGGUCGUAAGCGAGAUGCACGCCCUCAUUGCCGGAUCCUGGAAGCUACCGGGAGGCUACGUUGAACCUAAUGAGAACUUUAUCGACGCCGCGAUACGCGAGGUGGCAGAAGAGACGAACAUACGCACCAAAUUCGAGUCGGUCGUCUCGAUCAGGCACGCGCACGGUGCCGGGUUCGGGUGUUCGGAUCUGUACAUCGUGAUGGCGCUGACUCCGCUGUCGGAGGAUAUUAGCAAAUGCGACCGCGAGAUUGCCGGUUGCCAGUGGAUGGAUCUGGACGAGUACCUGUCGCACCCGAAGGUACACGAAACCAACCGAAACUUUGUGCGGACGUACCUGGAGUACAAGCGGACGGGCGUGCGGAUCGACUGUGCCGACGAAGUGCAUCAGUUGCUCCGGAAGCGCUACAACAUCUACUCGGUGGUUGCCAAGGUAACGGCGGAUGGUGAGACGACCAGUACGCCCAAGUUAUAACAGCGGGCAGUGCGCGAACGGGAACGGAGCUAGGGCGGCGGCCUAUGAGGCCAGCUUGCUGGGUUGGGCACACACAGGUAUGUUGCUAUGGCAGUAACACGGGAGCGAAGUAAAACAUUGUUUUUAUUGUUUGUUA